GGGGCGCCGACCCCGCCCCUUCCGCCCCGCGCGCGGCGGCGCUUCCGCCCAUUGAAAGCUCGCUGCUGGGCCGAGGCCUUCGUUCCGCGCGCGCCUCGGGGCCUUCCCGCCCGGGGGCUCCGCGCCUCGCGCCCCUCCGAGCCGCUCCGCGGGGCGGCCGCCGCGCCCGCCGCGAUGAAGCUCGUCAGGUUUCUCAUGAAGCUGAGCCACGAGACCGUGACCAUCGAACUGAAGAACGGGACGCAGGUGCACGGGACUAUCACAGGAGUGGAUGUCAGUAUGAAUACACAUCUCAAAGCGGUGAAAAUGACACUGAAGAACAGAGAACCUGUGCAGCUGGAGACGCUGAGUAUUCGAGGGAAUAACAUCCGAUACUUCAUUCUGCCAGACAGUUUGCCUCUGGAUACUUUGCUAGUGGAUGUUGAACCGAAAGUCAAAUCCAAGAAGAGAGAAGCAGUUGCUGGAAGAGGCCGUGGCAGAGGCCGUGGCAGAGGCCGAGGUCGUGGAAGAGGAAGAGGGGGCCCAAGACGAUAACUUCUCACCGCAUAACUGUUACCAAAUUCUGGGCAAUUUUGGAUAUUUUUUUGUACAGGUCUUGUUUAUGGUAUCCAUUUUUAAUAAACAGAAAUGUGAGAAA